GAUAAUUGAGUAACAUAACACUGUGUGCCUGUAGUUGAUCUGAUCUGCCUGUAGUCUCUGCUAGUGGGUUUGCUCACUUGAACCCUCUUUGAGCCCGGUGUUCCAGGGGACACUCUUGAAGGAAAGUGCAGUUUGGGGAAGGUAGGUCUGGCUUCCUUUCCCCGGGAGAAGAUGUGCCAGCGAGGGGAGGAGGUGGGCCACCUUCCGAGGAAGACCUCAGCGCCGGAGCUGCCCUAGCCAUCACCCGAUGGAAGAUUCCAUCCCUGUGUGGAACAUCUAAACAACUUUUAUUAGUGGAAACAUUAUUUUGCUACAAAAUGAAUUCAGCAUCUUAAUUGAAACCAGCAUCUGUGUGGUUCUAAUUCAUCUGCUAUGGUUUAUGAAGCUUCAGAUCUAAGGAGUACAGGGUCUUUUGCGAUGACAAUAUGACUAAUAGUAAAGGAAGAUCUGUUACUAAUAAAACAAGUGGUGGUCCAAGCAGUGGAGGAGGUUUCGUAGACUGGACUUUAAGCUUACAUACAGUUCAAUCUGAUAAGUUUUUAAACUUAUUGUUGAGUAUGGUUCCAGUAAUUUACCAGAAGAACCCGGAAGACAGGCACAAAAAAGCGAACGGCAUUUGGCAAGAGGGGUUAUCAGCUGUGGCACAGACGUUUGGUACCAGAUCUGAGCCACACGUGGAGUAUCACAGGGUCCCGGAGCCGUCUUUCCAUGGCAAUAAUGGGCACACGCCAUCAAGCUAUAGCCCAAAGUACGACGACUAUGCCAACUACAAUUACUGUGACGGAGGGGAGGCCUCCGAAACGACCGCCAUGCUGCAAGCUGAGGAAAGGCCCAGUGACGGCGAGGAAGAUGUCAUCGUGGAAGCAAACCCAAAGCUGCCAAAGGAAUCCAGCGGCAUCAUGGCCCUGCAGAUCCUCGUGCCAUUUCUGCUAGCUGGCUUUGGAACCGUCUCUGCCGGCAUGGUUUUGGAUAUAGUCCAGCACUGGGAGGUGUUCAAAAAAGUAACCGAAGUUUUCAUUUUAGUUCCUGCACUACUUGGUCUCAAAGGGAACUUGGAAAUGACAUUGGCAUCUAGAUUAUCCACUGCAGUAAAUAUUGGGAAGAUGGAUUCACCCAUUGAAAAGUGGAACCUAAUAAUUGGCAACUUGGCUUUAAAACAGGUUCAAGCAACAGUCGUCGGUUUUCUAGCAGCCGUGGCGGCAGUUAUAUUGGGCUGGAUCCCAGAGGGGAAAUACUACCUUGAUCACUCCAUACUGUUGUGCUCUAGCAGCGUAGCAACUGCCUUCAUUGCCUCUCUUCUGCAGGGAAUAAUCAUGGUUGGGGUUAUCGUUGGUUCAAAGAAGACUGGUAUAAAUCCUGAUAAUGUUGCCACACCCAUUGCUGCUAGUUUUGGUGACCUUAUAACGCUUGCCAUAUUGGCUUGGAUAAGCCAGGGUUUGUACUCCUGUCUUGAGAAUUAUUACUACAUUUCUCCGUUGGUUGGUGUCUUUUUCUUGGCUCUAACUCCUAUCUGGAUUAUAGUAGCAGCCAAACAUCCAGCCACCAGGACAGUGCUCCACUCGGGCUGGGAGCCUGUCAUAACCGCUAUGGUUAUAAGUAGCAUUGGAGGCCUUAUUCUGGACACAACUGUAUCUGAUCCAAACUUGGUUGGAAUUGUUGUUUACACACCAGUUAUUAAUGGGAUUGGUGGUAAUUUGGUGGCCAUUCAGGCGAGCAGGAUUUCUACGUACCUCCACUUGCAUAGCAUUCCAGGAGAACUGCCCGAUGAACGCAAAGGCUGUUACUACCCAUUUAGAACUUUCUUUGGUUCAGGAGUAAAUCAUAAGUCUGCUCAAGUUCUGCUGCUUUUAGUAAUUCCCGGACAUUUAAUUUUCCUCUACACGAUUCAUCUGAUGAAAAGUGGUCACACUUCGCUAACUGUAAUCUUCGUAGUAGUAUUUUUAUUUGCUGCUGUGUUACAGGUAUUUACCUUGCUGUGGAUCGCUGACUGGAUGGUCCGUCACUUCUGGAGGAAGGGAAAGGAUCCGGACAGCUUCUCCAUCCCCUACCUAACGGCACUGGGGGACCUUCUUGGGACAGCGUUGUUAGCCUUAAGUUUUCAUUUUCUUUGGCUUAUUGGAGAUCGAGAUGGAGAUGUUGGAGACUAAUUAAUCCUACAAACUGCUCUCAAGGUACCGAGAAGGAAAACGCAAGAUAACCGCCAAUGGCUUUUUCAGAAAUCGUAAAUCAGUCGUUUGACUUCAGUCGGGGCACUCUGCACUUGGCCCUGAUUCCAUUAAAUGGCCUUAACGUUUUUUAAAGGAAUUUGUGUCGAACCAGAAUGAACAGUAUUUAUGCUAAUUUCACACAGACAUAGAAUCAAGCUCAAUCUCCGAAGUUAAUGAAGUAGGAAAGCCUAUAGGAUGUUUACAGUGAAUCAUUUUAAAACCACAGACACAGCAGAAAUGUACUUGAUUAUUGUUUAACCUAUAAUGCCAGUUUAGGGGAGAGUUCUAGUUUAACCUCUCUUGUCUCACGGAUGUGUGGUGCCUACCGCAUACCAUCCAUAGAAUGAAAGGGGUCCAACCACGCUUUUCAAUAGUUUUUAACUAUACCCGCCUCUCUGCUAGAUGAGGAACAAUUUGCCAAUUACUUACUCCUCACCUGACCUAAAUAGGUUCUGCUGAGCAUAAGAUAAAUGGACUUUGACCUGCUGCUAUGAAUUUCCCUGUGCCAAUGCUAAUUCAAUUUCAUCUCUGCAAGUCCUUGGCAGGCUGCCCUUGAAACACAGAAUGACCUUGAGAGAUCUUUCAUGAAAGCAGUGGGUCAUUUUUGAUCAUUGAUUUGUUGAAAGAAUGUCGAUCUUGUUCAAAAGACUUAAUAGUUAAGAACAGGAAAUAAUCCAAGCUGCAUUUGUAGAGACGAGAAAGUGUGUGUGUGUGUGUGUGUGUGUGUGUGUGUGUGUGUGUGUGUGAGAGAGAGAGAGAGAGAGAGAGAGAGAGAGAGAGAAAUUUUUGAUGGAGAACUGAAUCUUGGCUUGUUGUUAGCAAAGAUCAUAGUGCUGUUAGAAUGUUAGCAUUAUAUAGUUAUUCUUAAAUACACUUUAUUGACAUACUUUUGUCAUUUGGUCCAAAAAUUUUGUUACUGUCCUGAAUGUAGUGUUACUUACCUACAUGAUAAUUGUUUCUUAUUAAAACCACUGUGCCAUUUAACAUAGAAGAUUUAGAAUGGGCAGGUGAUGAAUUGGUUCUUCUGGAGAAGUCCGUUGAUAUUUUGAGGUGCGCCAUUUUAAGAGAGAAGUUGGUGGGUUACUUCAGUGGUUUCUCAUGCCUGUACAUGUCAUCUGUUUGUUCAGGCUCAUUGCUACAGGCGACCCUGUCAUACACACUGCUAUAUCUCAAACAGUUUCUAACCUCUGAUCUAUAUUCCAAACACUUAACCACCAUUUAUUCAUUCAAUAGGUGAGCAUUUUUAUAUCACAUGUAGUUCAUUUUUUAAGACCAUCAGAUAUUUAAUAAUUUAGUUGAUAAGGGAAGAAAAAUGCACAUUAGCUUUGAUCUUCAUGGCUUAGUUGUGAGUUAGUGUUAAUAUUAUAUAAACAGUAGAUUGUUUAUACAUCUAUUGGGGAAAGUGUUCCUAUUAAACUCUUUAAAAUAAGGGGACCGUGGUUUAGAGUUAUAUAUUGCUUAUUUUAAAACUUUAAUUAUUCCAUUCUUCUGCCUUAUAAUGAAGCUUCUAAGGCAGAGAACUGAACGAAUUAUCAAAAUUCUCCUUUGGAGAGUUAUAACGUCACGUAGUGAACAUUCUUAUGAAAGAAAGAAUGAUUAAGUUAAGCUGACGAAUAUUUAUCUGCAAAGACUUCUUUAUUUUUAAAAAAUCCAUAAAUAAUUUAUUUGAUUUUAUUGUAAAGUACUGGUAAAUUACUUGUUUACAUUUGCACCGUGUGAUUCAUAAACAUUUAUAUUUCCCAAUGAUUUCUCUAUUUUGAUUUUUUAAUAUCAAAUAGUGAACAGCAAGCCACAUUUUUGUAAAGAUUGAUUUUAGAGGAAGGAAGAGAGAGAGAGAGAGAGAGAGAGAAACAUCAAUGUGAGAGAGAAACAUCAAUUGGUUGCUUGAACCCGCAACUAGGUAUGUGCCCUGACUUGGAAUCAAACCCACUACCUUUUGGUGUACGUCCAACCAACUGAGCCACACCGGCCAGGGCCAGCAAACCACAUUUUUAAAGCAUCUAUCAACCCCUGUAGUCUAGUUCAUUGACAGUGCCUGUGAAAUAGGUCAGGUGGGUCUUUCUCUGUAUUAUAACAAAAGAACUGAAGCUCAGAGAAGUUACAUUUUACAGGUUGCACGGCGGCAAAGUGACCAAAUUGUGACUAAAGACCAGGUGUCCAAUCUCCUGAGCCAGUACUCUUCCUAUGACCCUGCCCUCCCCCCCCCCCCCCCCACCAAUGCACCAGGAGUACCUACCUGAUUACCCGAGAGGAGAGCAAUGGAGAAGCAGGGCUGUCUAUGGAACAGAGCAUUGCUGCUGCUUUUAGAUUUCAGGCAGGGAGACCUCCAUUUAAUGUCUUGAUGGUAAGUGUAGCCAACUGUGAAUUAUUCAUGUUCCUAAGCCCCAGGAAAACUCAGAUAAAUAAAAACGGUAGAAUAAAGAGAACAAUGCCUUAUUCCAGAGAACAUUUCAUUGCUACCACCCUUCCCAGAUCCCGUCAUUCUAGGUAGACGCUGAGAAAGAACUAGGAUGAGUGAUUAUUGCUCCUUUCUCAGUCUUGGUUACAGCAACAAAACGUCUAAAAGGCAUGUGAU